UUUAUAAAAAUCGUAGCAAAUGUUGGCGGACAUAAAUCUAUAAUCGUAGUCUCGACUCGAGUAAAAAUGUCAACCGGCAUGAUAACUGGUGCAAAAAAUAUGUUAGAAAAUACGGAGUUAAAUAAAAAGAAUAACAGUGCGACAAUGCAGAGUAAACAAACAAUUACUUUUAGUGAUAAAAAUAAGAACCGUGAAGUAGAUGAGAAAAAUGAAACUGUUAUCAAAGUUAAAAGUGCGAUCCCUAGGCAAAGACAAGAAUUGCUCAAAUGGUACGGGUGGGGCUACAAGGACUCUUUGUUCAAAUUAAGCGACGAUUUCACGUAUUUCACGGGAGACAGAUAUCUAAUAUCCGGAAAAAAUCUACCGCACGCACGACAGUGGGUAAAAGAAAUGUUCGAUGUAGACUUAUCGAAAGAACCGAAAAGACCAGAACUACCAACCUCAUUUCCAAUAAGUCGAUUGCCAAACAAUGUAAAGGAAGAAUUGGAAAAAAUAUCAUUGCUCAGUACCGACGGUGUGGACAGACUUAUAAGGGCACACGGGCAGACUUUGCAUGACGUUUAUAAUUUAAGACAAAAUAGUUUUCCUCGAAUUCCCGAUGCUGUGAUUUGGCCGACGAGCCAUGAUGAGGUAGAAGAAAUAGUGCGCUGUGCAUCUAAACAUCACUUUGUGAUCAUACCCUUCGGUGGAGGAACCUCAGUGUCCGGUGCUGUGACGUGUCCUGCAAAUGAGGACAGACCCAUCGUAGUCCUCGACACGAGUGAAAUGAACGCUAUACUGUGGUUGGACAAGGAUCAGCUACUUGCGAGGGUUCAGGCAGGAAUCGUUGGUCAGGACUUAGAACGCGAGAUGCGUGCGAGAGGCUUCACAGUGGGGCACGAACCAGACUCCUAUGAGUUCUCUACAUUAGGCGGUUGGGUGGCAACCAGAGCUAGUGGCAUGAAGAAGAACACGUAUGGAAAUAUAGAAGAUCUUGUCGUCCAAACAAAGGUGGUAACCCCUUCAGGUGUUAUAGAAAAAAGUUGCCGCGUUCCUCGUCUGUCCUGCGGGCCGGAAUGGGAGCAUAUAUUUAUGGGAUCAGAAGGUUGCUUGGGAGUUGUUACUGAGGUCACUUUGAAAAUCCGUCCAUUACCGCCCGUAGUACGUUAUGGAUCGCUGGUAUUUCCGGAUUGGGAAUCCGGUUUCUAUUUCGAGAGAGAAGUAGCUAAGCAGCGACUACAGCCCUCUAGUAUACGACUUAUGGACAAUGAACAGUUCCGUUUCGGUCACGCACUAAAAAUGGAGCAAUCUUGGGGCGGCGUCCUCUUAGAUGGUAUAAAGCGUUUCUACAUAACGAAAAUCAAAGGCUUCGACCCCUUCAAGUUGUGCGUGGUGACCCUUCUCAUGGAGGGAACGGCUGAGCAGGUCGCUGACAGCGAGAAGAAAUUGAACAAUAUUGCUGCUCAACAUGGAGGCGUACCCGGAGGUGCAAAGAACGGCGAGAUGGGAUACACUUUGACCUUCGUAAUCGCUUAUAUUAGGGACCUGGCGCUAGAUUACGGUGUGGUGGCGGAGUCGUUUGAGACGUCCGUGUCGUGGGAACGCGCGCUGUCGCUGUGUCGCCGCACCAAAGACACCGUGCGGGAGCAGUGCGCGCGCAGGCACAUCUCGCACUACCACAUCUCCUGCCGCCUCACGCAGACUUACGACGCGGGCUGCUGCAUAUACUUCUACUUCGGGUUCAAGACCAUCGGCUUCGACGACCCCGUGCACGUGUACGAGCAGAUCGAGCAGGCGGCGCGGGAGGAGAUCAUCGCAUCGGGAGGUUCGAUAUCCCACCACCACGGCGUCGGUAAGCUGAGGAAGAAAUGGUACACGGACACGGUGAGCGAGCCCGGCAGGCUACUGCUGCUCGCCGCCAAGGGAGCCUUGGACCCCGAUAAUAUCUUCGCUUUAGGGAACAUGGCCUUCGACCAAUACAGUGCAGAGGUUAAGAGCAAAUUGUGAAUAAGGUGAACUGGUGGAAGGGUAGGAUUACAAACACGGCGGAGAACUACCAACUCGACUUUGAAUCUAAAAUUCAUUCUUGAUACAUUUAAUGUAUUCCAGAUACAUUUGCCUGAGAACACAAAUUGGUUAGAAAUAAUUUAACUAAAGAACACAACGAAUAAAUGAGUACAAUAAUUAUAAAUAAUAGAUAUUUUAAAUAUAAACGUUACUGUACUGCAGAUUCUCUAGCCUGGUAAAGAAUCCUUAUGGGAAAUAAAAUAAGGUUCAAUUUACUACAACUCCUUAGAAACAAUAGAUCAUUAAACGUAACUACUAUUUUUCAGUUGGUUGGGCUUAGGUUUGAUAUAAGUAUAAAUAUAAUUUACUUAAUAUUUAGUUUAGGACUCUAAGAGCGGCUUGGGUAUGUUUUGUGAUUACAAGAAACAAGUGUGACCUUUUUAUUUAUGUAAAUGAAUGUUAAGUAUGGUGCUGGCUGGCUGUUAAUUAAAAUUAAAAAAAAAACUUUUUUUAGAAAAUCCACAUUCAAAAAUAUACAUUCCACUGCUAUAUAGAAUGUAACAUUCUAUGACAAAUAAUUGUGCUAAACAAUCACAAAGAAAUAAUAACAAAGUGAUAUUAGUUAUAAAAUGCUGUUAAACAAAUCGAAGACAGAGAUAGCGCUACAAAGGAAUAGAGAGGGAGAUACUGUCAAGUUGUCAACUCAUUUUCAAUUUAAGGUUUUGAUAAUUUUGCGGUCCGUUCGCAAUCUUUGAUUCCUAUUUCAAGGGAUGGUGUGGGUUAUAGAAUGGUAUUCUAUAUUAUAUACUCUGUAUAUACUCAGGACCGGAUUUAGAGAGCCCACAGCCCUCCAGGGUCUCCAAUAUAAAAUUCUAAAACAAAAAAAAAAUCAUUUUCUAAGAUUUAAUGUAGUAUUUUAUGAAUCUAUAGUAAAAUACAAGGAUUUUAUAUUUAAAUACUAUAUUUAUACAUGUUUGUUUAAAGAAUUCAAUUUAUUCUGCAAUAAAUUAUUAUUGAUAUUGAAACACCCGAAUAAAAUAAAUGUUAAAAUAAACCCGAAUGUUUAUAUCCUUUAGAAAUUUCUUCCAAAUUAAGGAUCACGCAGUCGAUAAUAAUGAAUUAUUAUUAAAUAAAUAAUUUAACAAUCUUUGGUAAAGGUUUGUUUUCAAUACGAGCGAUAAAUUAUAUUUUUUCACAAUAUUUUAUUGUGAAAAAAUAGUAUCCGUCGCCAUUUAUUAAAAUGGCACGCUGUCUCUGUUGCCGAUUUGUAACUUUCCUGUGAAAUGUGUAGCUUGGUGUAGUGUGUGUGUGUGUGCGUGUGAAUAAGUAGGUAGCUUAAUAUCGUGUAAAUGUCCAGGCUCAUUAUCUGUAAGCAAGGCCAGGCUAUUUAUAAAAGUCUAAAUAGCUCAAUGGUGUACGAGCCGCCUAGCGAUAGAUUCGAUUUUGAUUCCUGACUCCCUGGACUGUUGUCGUACCUUCGACCCCACGAAAAUAAGCACAUGAAUAAGUUCUUAAAAAUGCAUAUUAUUUAAAAAAACAUGUAAGUUAACUACUGUGUUGUACCUUCGAACGCCUAAAUAGGAAGUGAGUUGUAUUUUAUAUGUCUAAACAUUGGGUAUUAAGGUAUUUGCUUGUGACGUUUUGUAAAAUGAAAUUUUAAAUCUUUUUUAUUAAUAUGUAAUAAAUGUACAUACCAGAGGCCAAAUGUGUUACAAUAUCAGAUGACAAUAUUUUUUGUACCUACUCGAUAAUUAUUGUUUAUUUAUUGAUUGAUGGAUUACGAUUCCGUUAAGUUUUUUUUUUUGGCAAAUUCUAGUCUCUC